UGCCUGUCGCCGCCCUUAAUCUCCGGGGAGCGCGGAGCAGACACUUCUGCGAGUCACUGGCCGGCGCCCAGAGAAGCGAGCAGCUAAGCGAGAGGGGCGGGAAACCGGAGAGGAAGGAAGGGGGAAGUGUGGAGAGGAGGAGCCGUGUGUGUGUGUGUGUGUGUGUGUGCGCGAAAGGCAAGCCGAGAGGAGGAAGGCGAAAGGGAGCGAGGGAAGAAAGGAAGGGCGAACCAAGAGAAACGCUCGAGGAAGCCUGCGGCGUGGCAAGUCGAAAAAGGGGGCUUGUUGCGCUCCCCGUCUCGGCCUCUCUUUACACCUCAUGCCCCUGGCGGCGGCGGCGGUGCGAGGCUGCGGCAGGCGCUACUACGGCAUUUACGGCCCAGCCUAUUGAGGGGGCGCAGAGAAAGGAGAAGCCGAACAGGAGGCGGAAGGGAGUGGAGUCGGCGACGGAGGCGGAAUCGGCGCUUCGGCCCCUUCGCCGCGGAGAAGGGAAGCUGGGCUAGGCUCCGGCGCAGGCUUUGCGGCCCCGCUGUUGCAGGUCGCCUCUCUCCGCCGUCCCGCACGCAACACCCCGGCGAGGGGCAGGAAGUGACUCUUCAGCCGGGACUGGGCGGUGUUACAGGCACCUGAAACCGCAUAUUUGUCACGGCGGAAGGUGGGGGGCGGGAAGGAGCCCGAAGCACACCGAGAGUUUUCCUUGCUCAAGUGGGAGCAAAAGUGAACGGGAAGGGAAAGGAUCCCCCCAGCAACAGCCCGGCUUCGCCGGCCUCUUGUGCCCGGGCCGCAAGCUGGGCACUGCCGCUAUCUUCCCUGCUGAAAUCUGUUGCACCCUUCCCCGCCCCCAACGCGCUUUCCUGGCUCGAAAACUUAAUUUGGAUUUAAAACACUGCUGGAUAAUGAAAUAACCUGGUGCAGAUGGAGGAUAUCUGGAAGCCUGAAGUGUGAGAAUGUUGGCUUUGAAAGCUCAGGGAAGAACUAGCAGGGAGAAGAACAUAACCCAGUGUGCCUGAAAAUGACAACAAAACGAAACUUGUUUGUGCGGUUGGUGCCAUGCCGCUGUUUGCGUGGAGAAGAAGAAACUGUCACAGCACUCGAUUAUUCUCACUGCAGCCUGGAGCAGGUGCCUAAGGAGAUUUUUACUUUUGAAAAGACAUUGGAAGAACUCUAUUUAGAUGCUAAUCAAAUUGAAGAGCUUCCAAAGCAACUUUUUAAUUGUCAGUCUCUGCACAAGCUGAGUUUGCCGGACAAUGAUCUAACAACGUUGCCUGCAUCCAUAGCAAAUCUCAUUAACCUCAGGGAACUGGAUGUCAGCAAGAAUGGCAUACAGGAGUUUCCAGAAAAUAUCAAAAACUGUAAAGUUUUGGCAGUUGUCGAGGCCAGUGUAAACCCUAUUUCAAAGCUUCCAGAUGGAUUUUCACAGUUGUUAAACUUAACACAGCUAUACCUAAAUGAUGCUUUUCUUGAGUUCUUGCCAGCCAAUUUUGGCAGAUUAACUAAACUUCAGAUUUUGGAGCUUAGAGAAAAUCAGUUGAAAAUGUUGCCAAAAACCAUGAACAGACUGACUCAACUGGAGAGGCUGGACUUGGGAAGUAAUGAAUUCACAGAAGUGCCUGAAGUACUUGAACAAUUAAGUGGGUUAAAAGAAUUUUGGAUGGAUGGUAACAGAUUAACUGUUAUUCCAGGGUUUAUGGGCAGUUUGAAGCACUUGACCUACUUGGAUGUUUCCAAAAACAACAUUGAAACUCUUGAAGAAGGCGUUUCAGGAUGUGAGAGUUUACAAGACCUGCUGUUAUCUAGUAAUUCACUUCAACAACUGCCGGAGUCUAUUGGCUGUCUAAAGAAAUUAGCAAUUCUUAAAAUUGAUGAAAAUCAGCUAAUAUAUCUGCCAGAUUCUAUUGGAGGGUUAACUUCAGCUGAAGAACUGGACUGUAGCUUCAAUGAGAUCGAAGCUUUGCCAUCUUCUAUGGGGCAGCUGUCUAAUAUAAGGACUUUUGCUGCAGAUCAUAACUUUUUAACACAAUUGCCACCAGAGGUUGGAAACUGGAAACAUGUAACUGUGCUGUUCUUACAUUCUAAUAAGCUGGAGUUCCUUCCAGAAGAAAUGGGUGAUAUGCAGAAACUAAAGGUCAUCAAUCUAAGUGACAAUAGACUGAAGUAUUUGCCCUAUAGCUUUACAAAACUACAACAGCUGACUGCCAUGUGGCUAUCAGAUAAUCAGUCCAAAGCACUCAUUCCCCUUCAGAAAGAAGUUGACCCGGAAACACAGAAAACAGUGCUUACUAAUUAUAUGUUCCCUCAGCAACCAAGAUCUGAAGAUGUUAUGUUCAUAUCUGAUAAUGAAAGUUUUAAUCCUUCACUGUGGGAGGAGCAGAGGAAGCAACGUGCUCAAGUGGCCUUUGAAUGUGAUGAAGAUAAAGAUGAAAGAGAGGCACCACCCAGGGAGGGUAAUCUGAAGAGGUAUCCAACUCCGUAUCCUGAUGAACUGAAGAAUAUGGUCAAAACAGUUCAAACAAUAGUACACAGAUUAAAAGAUGAAGAAAACCCAGAAGAAGCUAGCAAAGAAUCAAAGCAAGAAGGCCUGCAAAUGUCAGUGAAAGAUUCUUCUGAGGUAACUCCAGCAAGGAGCAAAGUGGAAAGUGAGCAGAAUGCAAUGGGAAACUGUGUGCAGAAGUCUAAUGAGCCAGAUGCUGAAAAUAGCACCAGAAACUUACAGAUGAAUACCCAUGUUAAAGCCUUGGAGAGCAGAAAGCCAGUUGCUAAUCAUGAAGAUACUCUUGAGGAGUCAGAAGAACUGUCUUCUGAUGAAGAAAUGAAAAUAGCAGAAAUGAGACCACCUCUCAUAGAAACCUCCAUUAACCAACCAAAAGUAGUAGCUCUGGGGAAUAGCAAAAAAGAUGACAGUAAAGACAUAGAUUCAUUGUCGGAUGAUCCCACCCACAACAGCAAUCAGAAUAACAGCAAUUGUUCCUCUCCAUCUCGAAUGUCUGAUUCGGUUUCUCUAAAUACUGACAGUAGCCAUGAAGCAUCACUGUGCUCUCCGGAAAAAGAAACUAACAUGCCUGUCAAUUCCAAAAUCAGGCAAGAUGAAAAUUCUAAUAGUCUUUUACAAAAUGGAGGCGACCUAAAUGUCACAGCAGAAGAAAAACUGGAUACUCAAGAUAAAGUUACAAACUUCACUGAAUUCAGAUUAAAUAUUGAAGAGAGAUUAGCUUUGAUAGAGAAGGGUGUUGAGCUUAAUAGUGCUAUUGAUGAGUCUCAUAAAUUACACCAAAUUAACAUGAAUAUCUCCAAAUUGAAUGAUGAGGAAGUAAUAAAACCAAAUGUAGUAGAAGAAAUAAAAACACUGGACAUAUCAGUUAAGGGCUUUUUAAACAAUAACGUGAAAGAAGAAAUUGGGCACAUGGAAAAUGGAAAUAAAUAUUCUAAUAUGUGUCCUAUGAAUAAUGUCAAUGGACAUUCUGAGGAAGUGCCUCACUCCACGGGAAAAUCAGAGCUAAAGAGAAGUGCUACCAUAGAAACAGAUUCUUCUUCGGAAAUGUGUCUUUCAAAGAGCACUGAAGAUUUAUCUCCACAGAGGAGUGGGCCAGUUGUGAAAUCGCAUAGCAUAACUAACAUGGAGACAGGUGCUCUGAAAACCUAUGAUAUUAUCAAUGACAAUGGAUCCCAAGAGCCAAAUUCACUAGUAAAAUCAGCAGCUGUGGCUUCAGAUGGAAAAAAUAUAGUCCGGAGCAAGUCAGCUACUCUCCUGUAUGACCAGCCAUUACAAGUAUAUCCAGGCUGUUCAUCAUCAUCUGAUUUACUAUCUACAAAAACAGUGUUCAAGUUUGAUUCAAAUCAUAAUCCAGAAGGUAUGAAUGUAAUAAGAGGACAAGGAACUAAUGCCUCACAACCAUUCAGUACUCCUCAGUAUAAUAUCCAAUAUAGCAGCAGUAUGGCAGCCAAAGAAUCCUUAUGGCCCCUGAAACAAAACACGCUAGUUGAACAAAGUUGCUUGCCUCAGCGUUUGCCAAGGUCAGAUACUACAGAUAGCUGCAACUCUGUGAAGCAUUCUGCCAACAUGAAUUUCUCUAACCAUAACAAUGUUAGAGCAAGUGCUGCAUAUACUAUGCAUCAGAGGAUGGGUGGAAGACAUAUGGAAAUGUGGGCUGCUCCACCAAAUGACAGACUUGUUUCUGCAGCUGCCCGAAAUACUCUUCAGCGGCAGAGCAGUAGCUCUUCCACUGCUUCAAUGAACAUUGGUGAUUCUGGACCUCAACGGCGUCCUCAGAUUCCUGAGGGGGAUUAUUUAACAUACAGGGAUUUGCACUCAAUGGGAAGAGUCCCACCAAUAAUGUCAGGGCCACAAAGACCUCUUUCUGCAAGAACCUAUAGUGUGGAUGGGCCAAAUGUACCUCGACCACAGAGUGCUCGCCCUUCAGCAAAUGAAAUACCAGAGAGAACUAUGUCAGUUAGUGAUUUCAAUUACUCAAGGACUAGUCCUACUAAAAGAACAAACCCAAGAGUUAACUCUGAACACUCUCUGUUAGAUGCUCCAGGAAAAAGCAAAGUCCCUCAUGACUGGAGGGAACAAGUGCUGCGACACAUUGAGGCCAAAAAGUUAGAAAAGAGCAUGCUGUCUAGGUCCUUUAAUUCCAGUUAUGCUCCAGUUAGCAGCUUUCACUAUGGCAGCUCUAGGGAUCUGCAUGGCAGCCAAGGCAAUGUUGCCUUGAGUAUUGCAGACAGAAGAAGUUCUGGUGUUCACAUUGUUCGUCAUCCCCAAACAUCCACACCGGUAGAUCAAUGUCAAGAGGAUAUAUUCAUUUCAGGACAGCAGAACUAUUCACCUGCCACACUUAGUCUCAAGGAAGUUGCUUCAGAAAGCAUUAAAAAAAUUCCUGUACAGGUACCUUUGACGAAUGGGCAGAUGUGCCAACCUCCAAGACCUCAAGCAAAUUAUAGUCAAGUCCAUCAUACUGCACCUCUUACAUCUGUAGCAAGACAUCCUUCCCGAGAACAACUGAUUGAUUAUUUGAUGCUUAAAGUUGCCCAUCAGCCUCCCUAUAGUCAGUCCCAAGGUCCAUCCAGGCAGUGCCAUGAGCUCACAAAGCAGGAGAUUCGAGUAAGAAUUGAAAAGGAUCCAGAGCUUGGAUUUAGUAUAUCAGGAGGAAUUGGUGGUAGAGGAAACCCCUUCAGACCUGAUGAUGAUGGUAUAUUUGUAACCAGGGUACAGCCUGAAGGACCGGCAUCUAAAUUGCUGCAGCCAGGAGAUAAAAUUAUUCAGGCUAAUGGAUAUAGUUUUAUCAAUAUUGAUCAUGGACAAGCAGUAUCCUUACUAAAGACUUUUCAGAACACAGUGGAACUCAUCGUUGUUCGAGAAAUUUCUUAAAUACUGUGGAAGAAGGGGAAACAUUCAUGUGAUCCUUUGAAAAACUUGUGGAAACUGAAUAUUUGGAAUAUUUUUAUAUACAAAAACUUUUAAAAUUAUGUACAGUGAUAAAAUAAUGAACUUGUGGUUAUAAGGGGGAAACCACUGUAAAAAACCCAUAAUGAAACAGUUUUGAAAAUGCAUAUGGUAAUAGACCUUGUUGAGUUUUAAAGCAUUGUAGCAAUCAAAUAUCACUCCUCCAAGAACAAACCUGUGGUGUAUUUUGUACAGAUGGUAGGUUUAUUUUUGGAUAAUUCAUACGCAUUACUAAACGUCAUGUACAAGGAGCCUCCAUUGUAGCCAGUGGACAGAUGGCAGGGCUUUCUGUCCUGUAGCUGUUGCCUUUUUUGUUCACCUUGUUUUAAUGUCUUUGUUGAAACCACUUCUGUAGAUGUGGAUAAGAGAUUUGGCAUGUUGGCUUUGCUAUGUGCAUAUUGUAUAGAAGAAUGGGUAGAUGGAAUGUGUGGCUGGCUGGAUGAAUUAAAAGGCCAGGUAAAACGGUUAUGAAAGUAUGGAAUCAGGAAAGAGGGGGAAAUGCGAAUACACAAGAAUGUAUAUCUACCAGUAGAAAAAAAAGCAAUGCAAUAAAAUGUGAAGUCUUUUUAGAAAGACUCUAAAUACACUUUUUGGAGGUCUACAGGAUUGGCUUUUACCACAUCCACUGAUUGUCUUAUUUCCUUUGCAUAAUGAAAUUUUGAGUGUUUGUUUUUAAUCACACAAUUUUUUUCAUCUGCUAUGGAGUUGUACCGAGAGACUGUUCUCGGUUAUGAAAAUCCCUAGUUUUGUGCAAAAAGGUGAUUUUCUUCUGCCUUGUAUUAAAUACUCCAUAUUCAACUUAUUUAUAGAUUUUUUUAAAAAAUGAAACUGAAAUGGCCAGUUUUUUUUACUGUGUUACCUGAAACUCAUCACAUAUUUAUAUAUCACACACAUGCAUGUUCCAAACCUCUAUUAUUCUGCCAGAAAAUGCUUCAUUCUUUUUAAUGGGGCUGAUGGCAGUGAGCCCUCUGAGGAUUGGGCUGCCCAGGAGUAAAUGGUUCAGGAAGGGUUAGAAAGAAGUUUUGAUUUUGUUUGGCCUUGAAUUGCCUUGUUAGAUUAAAAGGAAAUACUGACCUGGUUCACAUGAUACAACAGCCAACUUGGUUAAUUUACUCACGGGAGCUGUUACCUUGUGUUGGAUGUUCUCAAGACAAUUCAUGGAUUGAUUUAUACUUCUCCGAGGGUUGUUUUACCCUCAGACAGCCCAGCUGCCUGGGUCUGCGUGACAGGCCAAGCAAGAGAACGCCAAGCAAGAGAAUGUUGGGUACCCAUGGGCACUGUGCACAAAUGACAUUCAUUGCACAUCCAACAUCAAUAGCCCUUACUAUUAAAUUAACCCACAGUGGGGUGUUAUGUUGUGUGAAUCAGGUCAGCUAAGUAACCAAAGCCAGUUUUUGUUAAACUGUUGCACAGUGGUGGGAGAAUUGCUGUUGGGAAGUUAUAGGGCAAAGGGAUGGGUACUUGGGGCCCACCAGUUGUAAUGAUCUUUCUCAAAGGGCUGUUCCUACAGGUGACAUUAAAUGUGAACUAGACACUUCAGAGUCAUUAAAGGGUUUCUAACUAUAUUAAUGUAAUACUGUUUUACCACAGGCUGCCUUUGUUCCUUAUUGUAUAAAAUGUUGGAUUAUACAUAAUUAAUUUUUGUUUAUGGCAAACAUGUUUAUUUUCUUGUUUUCCUUAUAUAGCAGAGAUGAGAUUGCCUGACUUACAGAAUAAGUAAUAAAUGGUUAUUAUGGACCAGAGAAGAGUGCCAUAGAAGACCAAUAACUGUUUUUUUAAAAGUGAAUUAUAACCUGUCAUUGGAGCAAUAUUCAGUUACUGCAGUUUUUGAUAGAUAGAAUUAGUAGUUCUAAAAAGAUCUACCAAAAACCAGCCUACUAUAACAUUUGGAAAGACAUGCUGGAAUAGAAAGCAACCUUCAUAUUUAACAGGUAGUACUUUCUAAAGAAGCAAACUCCAAUGAUAUUGCACUUCAAAGAAGUUAUCAACUGCAUAUUGUAAUAUGUAUAGUUUUUAAUAAUUUUAAUUGAAACCCUUUAACAACUCUUUGUACAUUAAUUUUAGUUUGAUUUUCAUUAAUAUUUACAUAGGAAUUGAUUUUUAUAUUAGCAGAAAUGUGCUGUAUUUUGGUAAAAUUCACUUAUUUCUGUGUGCCAUUAAUCUUUAAAAAAAAAAAGAGAAACAUAGCUAUAUAAUGGCAGGCUUUAGUGUUACCUUGCUUCUAAAAAGGUUUUUUUUUAUUAUUUCUUUACUUUUAAUUGACAGCUUAAAAAUUCACAUUCAUCAUGUUUAAUAAUAUUACUAAACUCAGCCUUUUAAAGUAAACAUAAACAGAUCAAUCCUAAUCUGACCGGCAAUAUAAAACUAUAAUUAUGGGAAGGGCAAAAAAAUCCCAAAUCAGAACUGAUUCUUUAUUGAUCAUGGACUUAAUUUGAACAUAAUACAUCAGGUUGAAAUACAUAAGGCGUUAAAAUACAUUUCAUUUUGUAUGAAAUAAGCAUUAUAACUGUGCUGUUAAAAUUUUAAUUUUGUAGAACAAUAUUGCCAAGACUGAUCAUUGUUUGUAGCCAGAAUUUAAAGCAAGAAACUUGGUGCUUAGUUUGUUUUCAAGAAAUUAGAAAAAAUAUAUUUGAAAUGUUGUGGAUGGUUAUUAUCACAUGAUAAAGGCACAUUUUUAAAUGGGUUAUUCCUUUUGUGUUGGGAAAUGGACAAAAGUGAAAGAGGCUGUGAAAGAAGACACUCAUUCAAAAUUGAUGGAAACUAUUCUGAAGCCAUGGAAUUGUAGUAUUUCUCAUUUUGUCAAAUAAGAUAUAUCUGCAAACUUGGUGGAUUGGCAUAGAAUGAAUAAAGUGUUUGUCAACUCA